AUGUGCCAUUCCAGCAAUUACUACGGAGGCCUGGGCUGCGGCUGCGGAGGCUUCGGCGGCCUGGGCUUCGGCCGCGGCUGUGGAUGCGGCAGCUUCCGCAGGCUGCACUUUGGCUCUGGCUUUGGAGGCUACGGAUGUGGCUCUGGUUUCGGAAGCUACGGAUGUGGAUGUGGCUCUGGUUUCGGAAGCUUUGGCUCUGGCUGCUGUCACCGCCCACUGUUCUUUAGAAGAUGUGGUUUCUCCAGUUUCUACUAAACUCUGACUAUAGUAACCCAACAUCUGCUACCAUGAGUGGAUUCGACAUAACAUUAUUCAGUCGAUGAAUUGAAAUUGGCCUAGGCCUAUAUAGCAUGAAAAACUGAAGAAUUUGAGAAAAUGUAUUAUUUAGAAGCAUGUACCCUGGCAUUUGUUAGCUUGGACACUAACAGAUGACUUAUGUUGAUGAC